UGUGUAACCUGCAGGCCCAGGCAAACAGGAGCUGGAGGACAGGAAGCUGUUUGCUGGCCCGAAUCCCAAGUGGCACUGAGUUGUUUACAUUAGCAGAAGUAAGAAGUUCUGAGGGACGUGACAAGAACAGAACUACACUAAGCAAAACUAUGGAGAGAUCUUUUAAUAUAAAGACCAAGGAUUCCAAAUCUCCAAACUCGAGCAAUCUCUCAGAAUCCUAUAUGUCUACAAAGGAUAUAGUAAACAUAAACUCAAAUUAUUUUGCAUGCAUUGAAUGUGGUAAAUAUUUUGUCACUAAAGCAGAGCUUGUUUCACAUCAGAGAGUGCACACAGGGGAGAAACCUUUCUUAUGCUCUGAAUGUGGGAAAUGUUUUUGCUCUAAGUCAGGUCUUGUUAAUCAUCAGAGAACUCACACAGGAGAGAAACCUUUCUCAUGCACUGAAUGUUUAAAAUGUUUUAGUGUGAAUGCAAACCUUGUUCGCCAUCAGAGAACUCACACAAAAGAGAAACAUUUUGACACUGAAAAAAAUAUUUUUGCACACCAGAGAACUCACACAGGAUUAAAACCAUUCUCAUGCUCUGAAUGUGGGAAAUGUUUUUGCUCUAAGUCAGGUCUUGUUAAUCAUCAGAGAGCUCACACAGGAGAGAAACCUUUCUCAUGCACUGAAUGUGGGAAAUGUUUUAGUGUGAAUGCAAACCUUGUUCGUCAUCAGAGAACUCACACAGGAGUGAAACCAUUCUACUGUUCAGAAUGUGGGAAAAGUUUUGGCCAGUACGAAAACCUUUUUUGCCAUCAGAUAACUCACACAAAAGAGAAACCUUUUGACACUGAAAAAUCUAUUUUUGCACACCAGAGAACUCACACAGGAUUAAAACCAUUCUCAUGCUCUGAAUGUGGAAAACGUGUUAGUAGUAAACAAACUCUUGUUAGACAUUGGAGAACUCACACAGGAGAGAAACCUUUCUCCUGUUCUGAAUGUGGGAAAUGUUUUUUCUGUAAAAAAGAGCUUGCUAAACAUCAGAGAACUCACACUGGAGUGAAACUGGUCUCAUGCUCUGAAUGUGGAAAAUGUUUUUGUAAUAAAGAAACUCUUGUUACACAUCAGAGAACUCACACAGGAGAGAAACCCUUUGCAUGCUCUGAAUGUGGAAAAUGUUACCGCUAUAAGCCACAACUUGUUACACAUCAGAGAACUCACACAGGCGAGAAACCUUUCUCAUGUACUGAAUGUGGGAAAAUGUUUGUUACAAAACCAGUGCUUGUUGUACAUCAGCGAACACACACAGGGGAGAAACUGUUCUCAUGUUCUGAAUGUGGAAAAUGUUUUAGUCGUAAAGAAAAUCUUGUUACACAUCAGAGAACUCAUAUAGGAGAGAAACCUUUCUCAUGUACCGAAUGUGGGAAAAUGUUUGUUACUAAACGAGCGCUUGUUUUACAUCAGCGAACACACACAGGUGAGAAACCUUUCUCAUGUACUGAAUGUGGGAAAAUGUUUGUUACUAAACUAUACCUUGUUUUACAUCAGCGAACACACACACUCCAGUUCUCAUGCACUGAAUGUGGAAAAUGUUUUAGUCGUAAAGAAAAUCUUGUUACACAUCAGAGAACUCAUACAGGAGAGAAACCUUUCUCAUGCACUGAAUGUGGAAAAUGUUUUAGUCUGAAUACAUAUCUUGUUCGCCAUCAGAGAACUCACACCGGGGAUAAACCCUUUGCAUGCUCUGAAUGUGGGAAAUGUUUUAGCCGUAAAGGAAAUCUUGUUCGCCAUCAGAGAACUCACACAGGAGAAAAAGCGUUCUAAUAUACUGAAUGUGUAAAAUGUUUUGUCACAAAAGCAAGACUUGUUACACAAUAGAGAACUCACACGGGAGAGAAACCAUUCUCAUGUUACAUAUCUGAAAAGAGAACCUUUUUCAUUUUUGUUUUUGAUGUUGA